CGGAAAACUCUCUCGUGAUAUGCAGACGUCUUCAAUCAAUGAAGGUGUUGCGCUUCUUCACAGAAUUCUAAUGAUGAAUGCUGUUUCUUUUAGGUUGUUGUGAAUUUCGUCCUUGGCUGCGUCUACUUGUUGCAUCAUCAACACUAGUCUCACUUGUCUCCGCUUCUACAGAAUCGUCACGGCGACCUUUGGAAUCGUUCACAUCUCGAUCUGGCUACUUUAUAGUUCACGUAGCGGUGCAUACAAUAAUUUUUUUUAUAGCGUUUAUUGCACUUUGUUCUUCUUCAGUAGCAUCUAGUCUCAGAUCGAGCCCCAGAUCCCAGCAUGAAGGCCAUACUUCAGCGCGUUCUAUCAGCUUCAGUGACUGUUGAUCAGCAAUUGGUGUCAUCAAUUGGGAAAGGUAUUCUGGUAUUCGCUGCAGUAGCUCCAGGAGACACGGAAAAAGAUGCAGAUGCUCUUGCAGCCAAGGUGUUGAGAAUGCGAUUAUGGGACGAUGAAACUGGUGGCAGGUGGAGACACAAUGUUCAAGACAUCAGUGGAGAAGUCCUAUGUGUCUCCCAAUUUACACUCCUUGCCUCUACAAAGAAAGGAUCAAAGCCAGAUUUCCACGGAGCGCUAGGAGGUGAUCAAGCAAAAGAGUUGUACCAAACCUUCUUCUCGAAAGUUCAGCAAGGUUAUGAUGCAUCGAAGGUAAAGGAUGGAGUAUUCCAGGCAAUGAUGGAGGUAGCAUUGGUCAAUGAUGGACCAGUCACAUUAGUGAUGUCUGUAGGACCUAGCGGAAUUAUUGACGAGAAAUGAUCUUUGGCAACAUAAAGAAAUGGCAAACAAAUUAGAAUGGCUGUUGACUUGACUUUCGUCCCAAGUUUUGCUGCAUUAGCAAAGCGUUAGACUAGACACUGCUUCAAAUAUGCAAUAUCCCCAAAUGGAUCUGUUUUGCAUACUAGCACCAAUAACUACUUACGGCUAGAUUGAAAUGAUAUCGAAAAACCGCAAAGAUUGGAAUAUGAUAAUAUUGUUCCAGAUUUCGUGGGACAAUAUAAGUGGGAUCAGUCGAGAUAGAAUGAAGUUCAUGUCCAAUCCCC